AUGCCUCGCGGCAAGGCUGGUCGGACAAGCGCCACCGCCACCUCCACCCCCCACGCGCGCCUCGCGAAGUUCGCGAAGCGCAAGGAGACGCUGAGGAACAAGGCCGGGGAGCUCCUGACGCGCUGCAACGUCGACGUCGCGGUGGUCUGCACGGGCCCCGGCGGCGUGGGCGACCUGGACUGCUGGCCGUCCAAGGCGGCGGUCGACGCGGUGGUGAGGCGGUACAACGCGCUCCAGCCGGCGGAGCGCGCCAGGCUCAAGGAGGACCUCGCCGACCACGUCGCGAGCGAGGUCGCCAAGGAGCGCGAGAAGCUGACCAGGACGCGGGAGUCCGGCUUGGCCAAUGCGUUCGGGUCGUAUGACGGCUCCCUCGAGGGCAUGUCCGAGGAGAAGCUCAGGGAGCUGCUCGCCUCGAUCGAGGCCGCCCUGGUGGCAGCGCGGGGCAGGGUCCUGAAGGUGCGAGCGCCGCCCGGCGGCGCGGCCGAUCGCGCCACGCUCUCGCCGGGCCUCGUGCACGACCACGAGGCCGCCGAGGAGGACUCCGCGUCCGCGACGAACAAUGUGGUGCCGCCGCCGACAGAGCCGCCGCGGGGCGAAGCCGACGCGGGUGGCGGCGGGCUUGGACCGCCGCCUUCCGGUGAAGACCCCAACCCGUCCAAUGCCGUGCCCGUCGACGCGGGCGAGGAGGAGGUCGUGGCGGAGAACAUCGUGACGGGCGAGGAUCCCGGCGACGAGGUGCAGAUACUGCGGCCGCCAGGCGACGUCGACGCCGACGAUGCGGAGUGGAUGCGGAGGCUUGUAGACGAUCUCAAGAAGAAGCCCCAGCCGCACAACCCUGCCGCGAACGCCGCCGGGAUCGAGUACAUCAACGUGGGCAAUUCCUGGAUGGAGCGCGACGCCUAUGAUUUCAUCCGGUUCGACCUCGGGAUGCCUCCGCCGUGCGUCGCGCCCAGCUAUCUGAACGACGACGACGGCGAGCCGCUGAAGCUCUGGUCAUGGGACAACACCAUGCCACCCCCUCCAAAGUAA